CCUUUUAAUGCUACUUAGGACCAUUUAGAGUGCAGGCACGGGCCAUUCUUGAGGGUAUUUAGAAGCCAGGAAUGUCGUCUGGAAGAAAUACAGCUUGGAGUACUGCUAGUGAAGAGCUGGGAGAGCAGAGGACACAGCCCUUCUUCACACAUUUGGUUAUUUGUUUUUUCUUGCCUAUUAUUUCAACCCCUCCCCCCCCCAUCUCAUCAUCACUUGCUGUAAGCUUUGAUCACAUCUGCAUCCAUGAGUGAUAGGCCUCUCAACCAGGGCUGAUUCCAGUUCAACAGCUUGCUCUUUUGUUCUCUGCAGGAGUAUUAAUGCUGGCAGUCUGGGGCCAGCGCUGCAGCUGUGUCCUCAGGCCACUCACAAGGGGGUCUCGUCUCCGCUCCAUCAAGUCAGGAAUCAGACUUUAACUUUUUUCCUUUCUUCCCUUUCUUCCUUGCCUGCUCUCUGUGUGUGUGCGUAUACACUCUCCUCCUUACGCCAGGCGAGACUGGUAGUCUGUUCUUGAAACUUCUCCAAGGCAGGUCGGUUCUUCCCUGCCCCCCCCCCUCUUCCUACCCCACUCCCCCCCAACCCUGUUUUUUUUUUUUAAAGGUCAGGUUUAUAAAGAAAGGCUAAAGUUAAAUGAGGUAAAAACAUAGAUAAAUUGAGAGAAUGGGCGAUUACGACAAAGACACUGCCUUCAUAGGACAAUCGGGCCGGUACUUCUGGGCGGCUUUUUUCCUGCUCAACACCGUGUUCAUCUCCACCGGAUUCACCGGCCUCUACAUCGUCUUCGUCGGGGCCGUGCCCCCGCACCACUGCCAGAUUCCCCACCAGGCCAACCUGACGGCCGAAUGGCGGGCGGUCAUCGUUCCCACGGAGACGGCGGCCAGCGGCGAGGAGCGGCUGAGCCGAUGCAGCCGGUACAGACUGGACGUGGUCAGCAACCUGUCUGCCCUCGGCCUCAUACCCGGCAGGGACAUCAACCUCACCGAUGUGGCGCUUGAGGGUUGUGUGGACGGCUGGAGCUACAGCCAAGACAUCUUCAAGUCCACCAUCGUCACAGAGUGGGACCUUGUCUGUGGUGAUUCAUGGAAAGUUCCCUUUGCAUCUUCAACCCUCUUUAUGGGCUUCCUGAUUGGAUCCCUCAUAUCAGGCCAGCUUUCUGACAGAUUUGGCAGGAAGAAGGUCCUUUUCGUUUCCCUUGCGGCCCAGUUUGUAUUUGUUUUCCUUCAGUCUCUCUCCACGUCAUGGAUACUGUUCUGCAUCACCUUCCUCUUCAUUGGAGCUGCCCAGAUAGCCCUCUAUAUAUCUGCCUUUGUACUAGGAACCGAGUUGCUGAGUAAGUCAAUGCGUGUUAUUUUCACAACCCUGGGGACGUUCCUCUUCUACUGCAUCGGCUACAUGCUGCUACCCUGGCUUGCCUACUGCUUCAGAGAUUGGAGGACACUGCUGGCAGUCAUCUCCUCCUUCUCUUUAGCCUACAUUCCUUUAUGGUGGUUCAUUUCAGAGUCUCCAAGAUGGCUAAUCUCUCAGGGGAGAGUGGCAGAGGCGGAGUUCAUACUGAGACGUGCUGCCAAGAAGAACAAGGUGGAAGCUCCAGAAGUCAUCUUUAAAGAAUCUGGGUUUGGAGAUGGGCAGAAAAUAAAGAAAUACACCAUUAUUGACGUACUGAAAUCCAGAAAACUAAGGCUCAUCACACUCUUGUGUCUAACUCUUUGGAUGUCUGUUAACAUUGGUUACUUUGGACUAUCUCUGAACACCUCAAACCUAAGUGGUGACCCUUACAUGAACUGCUUCCUGUCAGCCUGCACUGAAGUUCCUGCCCAUGUCAUGUCCACUCUGCUUCUGAGGAACUGUCCAAGAAGAGCCCUUCUUUCCUCUUUCCUCAUCAUCGGUGGUGGAUUUCUACUCCUUGUCCAGUUCAUCCCCGAGUCUCUCCAUGGUUUGACUCUGGCCAUGGUUCUGACUGGGAAAUUCGGUUUCACCAUGGCCUUCAGCGUGGUCUACAUCUACACGGCAGAGCUUUACCCGACGGUCCUGAGGAACAUCGGCAUCGGAAUGUGUUCUUCCGCGGCACGCAUCGGAAGCAUCACCGCUCCGUACGUCAUAUAUUUAGGUACAUACAGCAAGUUUCUGCCCUACAUUCUCAUGGGAAGCAUCACAGUUGGCUCUGCAGUGGUUAAUGUCUUCCUCCCAGAGACCCUCAACAAACAACUGCCAGAGACUGUAGAGGAGAUGCAGGAAUGUCAAGGGAUUUGCAGGAGAAAAGGAAACAAAUCAGAAGACUUGGAAAAGAAGGACAACAUAUCUCGACAUAACUACACGAGUGAGCGAGUGCAAGAGUGAAAAAGAGAGUGAGAGGUAGAACGAGCAAGAGAGAAAAGGAGUGAAAUUCCAACUAUGCAGAGUAGUCUUUAUGAAUGAGGGUAGUGGAGAUUACAAGUGUUGUUUUUUUCAUCUCCAAGCAUUUGUACAGUAUGACCAUAGUUUCAAACUUCGUACUGCCAAGGUAGCAUAAUACAUAUGCAUACAUAAUGCUACCUCUGUAAAUAAGUAACAUUGCAAGAGGAUGUUAGAAAGACAGGCAAAGGUUUAAAAAAAUAGGAAACGACAAUGAAGUAACAAACAACAUCAUCCAUGUCGUCCUUUUAUAAACCUUAAUGGCUCUGGGUUCCAGAUGGCAGAUCAGAAUCCCCUUUCUCCAGUUAAAACAUUACCAAUCUUUGCUUGAAUAACCGUUUAUGGAUGACAGCAACCAUACAUGAAAAUCAUUCACAUAGAACACACAAAAUAAAAACUAUGCUAUAACUGUACAGGAAAAGUUCCAAAUAGUGACCACCCUUGAUCAAAAACUUGAGUCAAUAACAAAAUAUAAUCUUCCCUUGUUAGAUUUUUUUGUUAUGAUCGUGUACUGUUUUUUCAUGACUAUAUUGUAUAAUGUUGCACUUGUGGGAAUACAAUAAAUAUCACACAUUUACUUGAA